GACGCCCGAGGAUUGUCACGCCAUGACUCUGGCUGCUUACAAAGAGAAGAUGAAGGAGCUGCCUCUCGUCUCCCUCUUUUGCUCCUGUUUCCUCUCGGACCCCCUGAACAAGCCGGCGUACACGUAUGAAGCAGACACGGUAGACCUCACCUGGUGUGUCAUCUCCGACAUGGAAGUCAUCGAGCUCAACAAGCGCACCUCGGGGCAGUCCUUCGAGGUCAUCCUGAAGCCCCCGUCGUUUGAUGGCAUCCCCGAGUUCAAUGCCUCCCUGCCCCGGCGGCGUGAUCCGUCCCUGGAGGAGAUCCAGAAGAAGCUGGAGGCGGCGGAGGAGAGGAGGAAGUACCAAGAGGCUGAGCUGCUGAAGCAUCUGGCGGAGAAGCGGGAGCACGAGCGGGAGGUCAUCCAGAAGGCCAUCGAGGAGAACAACAACUUCAUCAAAAUGGCCAAAGAGAAGCUGGCGCAGAAGAUGGAGUCCAACAAGGAGAACCGCGAGGCCCAUUUAGCGGCCAUGCUGGAGCGCUUGCAGGAGAAGCAGGUCUGUUCCCAACCUCAGCACGGAAGGUCCCACCCUCACCACCUCCAGCUCCCUCCAAAACAUCCCUUCUGCACGGAGCUCGCCCAGUGCCCUUCUCCAAACGCCUCAGCUAGCCUUGGGUCAGAGGCAGAGAGCACGAGAUAA